AUGGAUACGGAGCCUACUCAGUAUCAAUCGUCUCCAGAUGCCCCUUGGCCUGAGAUAGAUCUUACGGAAGAAGAACUGAUUCAGUGCGAUCCCGAGCAAAGACUUUCCCGUGUUUUACACUUGUUUGAAUUUCGAAAAAAUGAAGCGCUGGUCACUCUACCAAUCGGCGGUCCCAAGGCUGCGUACAAAGGCAUCACCGCUAUUGGUAUUGUUGGGACGUUGGUGGGAAAGGCUGGGCUUUUUGCUCAGUGCUGCUGGUUUGGAAACUACGACUUGGACUGGUUUUGGUGUGAAAUAACUGAUAUACAACAUGUCGAGCUGAGGUCUGAUAUCCGAUUUCGAGGAGGCGAUAAGUGUCUAUGGCUAUCAACCUCACGUGGCAACUACGCUCUGCUUGUUCCUCAAGCGACCUACUCGGAUACGUGGGAAGCAUCCCUUCAUUUGCAUGGGUCUGAAGCAAAAGACGCUCAAGUUUGUGUCUGGCCCACCCAAGGCUCUCGUCCUGACUGGUGGGACGCUCAUUGGAAGGAUUCCUGGCCAUGGGACGAAGACGAGGAUGCGAUGGAAGUAGACGAGGACACUCAAACAGGUUUGGGAUGGCCGAGGCUUGGACCUCAUGGGGAUCUGCGAUUUCCAGGACAGCCUCGUAGCAAUCUACAUUCACUAUCACCCUGGAUUCUUAGUCCUGACGGCCUCACAUUGACCUCUAAGGAGUAG